AGGUGUCGCGCGCGGGCCGGGCUCGACCCCUCCCCCAGGCUCGGCCUCCCCCUCCCCCCGCUCCGCCCGCUCAGAGCAUGAUGGCAGCGUCUGAGGUGGCUGGUGUGGUGGCCAAUGCCCCCAAUCCUCCAGAAUCUUCUGCUAGUUUGUGUGCUUCCAAAUCAGACGAAGGUCUCCCAGAUGGUCUAAGCCCCACAGACCCUGCACAGAAGCACAAGAACUCGCCUCUGUCGAGUGUAAGUAGCCAAACGAUAACCAAGGAGAAUAACAGAAAUGUCCAUUUGGAACACCCAGAGCAGAAUCCUGGUUCAUCAGCAGGUGACACUUCAGCAGCGCACCGGGCGGUUUUAGGAGAAAACUUGAUAGCCACAGCCCUUGGUCUCUCUGGCGGUGGGUCUCAGUCUGAUUUGAAGGACGUGGCCAACACAGCAGGAGAGGAGGGGGACACGUGCCUCCGGGAGAGCCUCCAUCCCGUCACUCGGUCUCUUAAGGCAGGGUGCCAUACAAAGCAGCCUGCCUCCGGGAAUUGUUCUGAAGAGAAAUCCCCACAAGCCUCCAUCCUAAAGGAAGGGAGCAGGGACACAGGCUUGGAUUUCCCACCUGUAGUGCCUCCAGCAAAUGGGGUUGAAGGAGUCAGAGUGGAUCAGGAUGAUGAUCAGGAUAGCUCUUCCCUGAAGCUUUCUCAGAACAUUGCUGUACAGACUGACUUUAAGACGGCUGAUUCCGAGGUGAACACAGAUCAAGAUAUUGAAAAGAAUCUGGAUAAAAUGAUGACAGAGAGAACCCUGUUGAAGGAGCGUUACCAGGAGGUCCUGGACAAGCAGAGGCAGGUGGAGAAUCAGCUCCAGGUGCAAUUAAAGCAACUUCAGCAAAGGAGAGAAGAAGAAAUGAAGAAUCACCAGGAGAUAUUAAAGGCUAUCCAGGAUGUAACAAUAAAACGAGAAGAAACAAAGAAGAAGAUAGAGAAAGAAAAGAAGGAGUUUUUGCAGAAGGAGCAGGAUCUGAAAGCUGAAAUUGAGAAGCUUUGUGAGAAGGGCAGAAGAGAGGUGUGGGAAAUGGAACUGGAUAGGCUCAAGAAUCAGGAUGGUGAAAUAAAUCGGAACAUUAUGGAAGAGACAGAACGGGCCUGGAAGGCAGAGAUCUUAUCACUAGAGAGUCGGAAAGAGUUGCUGGUAUUGAAACUAGAAGAAGCAGAAAAAGAGGCAGAACUGCACCUUACUUACCUCAAGUCAACUCCCCCAACACUAGAGACAGUUCGUUCCAAACAGGAGUGGGAGACAAGACUGAAUGGAGUUCGGAUAAUGAAAAAGAAUGUUCGGGACCAAUUUAAUAGUCAUAUCCAGCUAGUGAGGAAUGGAGCCAAGCUGAGCAGCCUCCCUCAAAUCCCUACCCCCACUUUGCCUCCACCCCCAUCAGAGACAGACUUCAUGCUUCAGGUGUUUCAACCCAAUCCCUCUCUGGCUCCUCGGAUGCCCUUCUCCAUUGGGCAGGUCACAAUGCCCAUGGUUAUGCCUAGUGCAGAUCCCCGUUCCUUGUCUUUCCCAAUCCUGAACCCUGCCCUUUCUCAGCCCAACCAGCCUUCCCCACCCCUUCCUGGCUCCCAUGGGAGAAAUAGCCCUGGCUUGGGUUCCCUUGUUGGCCCCCAUGGUCCACACAUGCCCCCUGGCGCCUCCAUCCCGCCUCCCCCAGGCUUGGGCGGUGUUAAGGCUUCUACUGAAACUCCCCGGCCCCAACCAGUAGACAAACUGGAGAAGAUCCUGGAGAAGCUGCUGACUCGGUUCCCACAAUGCAAUAAGGCCCAGAUGACCAACAUUCUUCAGCAAAUCAAAACAGCACGUACCACCAUGGCAGGCCUGACCAUGGAGGAACUGAUCCAGUUGGUAGCUGCACGACUGGCAGAACAUGAGCGGGUGGCAGCAAGUACUCAGCCACUCGGUCGGAUCCGGGCCUUGUUCCCUGCUCCGUUGGCCCAAAUCAGUACCCCAAUGUUCUUGCCUUCUGCCCAAGUUUCAUAUCCUGGAAGGUCUUCACAUGCUCCAGCCACCUGUAAACUGUGUCUAAUGUGCCAGAAACUUGUCCAGCCCAGUGAGCUGCAUCCAAUGGCGUGUACCCAUGUGUUGCAUAAGGAGUGUAUCAAAUUCUGGGCCCAGACCAACACAAAUGACACUUGUCCCUUUUGUCCAACUCUUAAAUGACGGACCUGACUGGGGAGGAAGAAGAGGAAAAACUGAUGUGAACAGGAAGCGCGGGUUCAAGAUUUCUAAAACUCUAUAUUUAUACAGUGACAUAUACUCAUGCCAUGUACAUUUUUAUUAUAUAGGUAAUGUGUGUAUAGAAAGUCUGUAUUCAAAUGUUCGUAAAUGAAAGUAUGUAUAUUAUGCAGAAAUGGUCUGUCCCCAUCACCUUGCAGUUCCUUUGGGGGAUGCAGAUUGUAGGUAAGAUGAUGUUUAGUUUGGCCUUGAAAUUAUGAUAUUCCUGCCUAGGGCUGUUUUCAAAUACAAUAUAAAAACCA